AUAAUAGUAAUAAUAAUAUGACUAACAACCUUUGACAGUCUAUUAAACUAACAUGUUAUCCUUCAUUGGAGUGGACAAAAAACAAACGGUGUGUCUACGUUAACGCGAUGUGGGUUUUUCACCCCCUUUUGUAGCUAGCAGUCGCGUGUUGUUAAACGUGACUGAGCUUCCAGAUAUUUCAUUUAAUACAUUUUCAACCUUCGAAUCUCAAGUUAUUUUGGUAUUUUUGCAUUUAUCACUGUAUGCAAACUUACGAUGUUCACUUAUAUGCUACGGCUUACAUUUUAGCAUUAGUUUAUUUAUUAUGAUUUUUUAAAAUUCUGAUUUACCUUCAAUCAUAUUUAGGGCUGCCGCUAUCGAUUAUUUUAGUAGUCGAUUAAUCAAUGAACUAGUUAGUUCGAAUAAUCGAGUAAUCGGAUAAGGAACAUAAAAAUAAUAAAAUAAAUAAAUAAAAAUACCUGAGCUGAGCCUCAAACGCUAUAAAAAUAUUAAAAAAUGAGGAUCAUGUACAACCAAAGAACAGUUGGCUAACUUACGUAGCAAAAGUCUGCUAGCUUAAAUGCUAUAAAACGCUAACUUUUUUGAUUUUUACAAUGCUCUUAACAAAUGAUUCAGACACAUAUUCCCACAAAAAACAGCUAAAUAUACUUUACGAAUGCAUUAAAAAAACAUAAGCUCAAACUAAAAUUUAGCUCAUGUUGGUCUUAACAGGGAGCAGCUGGAUUCAGCCACGUGAAAUGAGGCAGACUAGAGGGCAGUGUAUCCACCCAAAUCAAUAAAACUAAAUGCAGACACUUUCAAAACAAACCAUUACAACGCCACUUCAAUUAAACGAAUACUCGAAGCAGCAAAAUUUAAUUCGAAUCUUUUUUUCUAAUCGAAUACUCGAGUUAAUCGAUUAGUCAUUGCAGCACUAAUCAUAUUAGUACAACUCAUUGAUACAGUAGCUGCGCUUUUUAAUGUGGUUUAUUAUAAAAGCUGAGGAUUGAAUCGUCGGCAGCACAUUUACAAACUGGACAUUAAAUGUGUUAAUAACAUGUGUACAAACAUUAGAUAUGAUGUAAAGAUGUUAAAUUAUUGAGAUAAAUUCGAAUGUUAACCCAAAUCUUGUUCAUUCCAAACAGUUAUGGAUGAAAGAGGAACAUGAAAUAAUGGAAAAAAUAAAAGUUACUUUCUCUACAUUGGUGGACUUAUUUGUCAAUGACAGUGAUCUCAAAUGAUCAAAUUCAGCCAUUUUGUGUGUGUGUGUUUUUUUUUUUUUUUGGUCUUUUGUCAGGCUGCAGGAGCAACAACCUUUACCAUUAAAAUUACUCCAGUGACUUUUACUAUGCAUCAUGAGCUUGUCUUGCUGCUGUGCGAGGGACUUUACGGAGGCUCUACCGAUCGAGAUGAGCUUGAAGAUCUUCGGCGAGCUUGAUGCCAGGAGUCUAUGCCGCGCCUCGGCCACGUGCCGCCGGUGGAACGCCAUCAUCCGUGACAGCCAGCAGCUGUGGAGGAUGCAGUGUCUCAGUAUCAUCACACUCUGCCACAGGGAGGUGGAUGCCGACCGCAGCAACGGACUUUCCUGGAAGGAGUCGCUAGCGAGGAACUACAUUCGCAGUCAUGUAAAACUGGACUGGCUGCGCGGACGCUAUAGCAACGUAGCGUCGGCCAGUGAGCUGCGCGGCAAAAAGAUGGUGCCGAUGGAUGUGGAAACUUGGGGAGAUAUCCUACAGGCAGAACUGGACCGAUGACAUCGUCUUUUUUGGAAAAUCGGAGGCGUGUAUCUUUUAUAUUUUUUGUAUGUUUUUAUACUUGUUGUUUUAAAACACCUUGGAAGGAAAAAAAAAAUCACAAAGAUACUAAUUGUGAUCAACUCAAAUGCACCUAUGCGGUGAAAGAAGUAUUGUUGAGGUCCAACAAUUCAUCAGUUAAUCAGUGACUUAUGGUUCUGAAAAUUAAUCAAACACUAUUAUGAAAAAUUGAUUAAUUGUUUCAAAGAAUUCAAAAUUCUCACAUUUCUGUCUUCCUCCAUAAAAGCAGACGGAUUAUCUUUGAAAAUAAGACAUUUCCAACCAUCCACUUUUCUGGUCGAAAACAAAGUUUUUGCUGAUUUAUUUUUUUUUUUUACAUAUCACACACCAAAGAAUCAUAAUUACUGUAUUUUUUCAUUUGCAUUUUCUGCACUAUUGAUUUGAAAUACUUUUCUGUUCUGGAAAUUAAAAAUGACUUAAUUUGAUCCAGCCAGCACUUUUAUAAACAGGAAUAGUUGUAUUAUUUGACCUGUGUUUUGUAAAAACACAUCUCAUAAGAUACUUUGUUAAUUUAUUUUUGUGAAUUGAAAAUAAAAACUUAUUCAGA